AUGUCACAAAGAAAAAUAAAGGAGUAACUGAACUAAUUUACACAGUGGGAUCUUGACAUUGAUAAAGUUGUACAGUUCAACAAACAUAUUUUAAACACAAUUAAUUUUAAGACAACUGAAGAGAAAACAGCUACUUUUCAGUAGCUCGAGGAAGCAUUAUAAAAUCAUUUUUAAAAAUAUUCUUAAUACAAACUUGCUAAUAAAUAUAGAGAAGAUCAAUUAAUAAAGUUGUAAUAGUAUCUUACACUCAUGCUUGAUUCCGUUAAAUGGCAGUUGGCAAAUGGUAAAAAUAAAGAAAAUAUUAAAGACAUUGAGACUAUGAUUAAUAAGUAGCAUUUUUGCAUUCUACAAGAGAUACAUAAAAUCACAAAAUUAUUUUCAAUCGGUUAAUGCUCAAAUUACUGGAAAGAAUUUAUAUAUGGUUUAAAUUCUUUCAUAAAUAAAUAUGAAAAUGAUGAGGGAAAGCAAAGUAUUAUUGCCAAAGAAUUUAUGGAAUUUAUGCAGUAAAAAGAUUAAACAUUUCUUUAGUUGUUGGCAAUAAUUGACUUAUCUCAGGACAUAAAUGAUCUUCAUAUCGAGUUACUGAUGUAAAUAGAAAACGCAAAGAAUUCUCUUCUUAGCUACAGAGCUGAUGAGCCUUAACAGCAAUUAACUAAUUAAAGUCAGUGA